GAGCAGGAAGUGGCUCUGAGGGGUUUGGAUCCUGCUGCUGAGGAGGCGGCUACGGCUGCAGCGGUGGCUGCCGGGCGGGUGCGUGGCUGGAUUGAGCUUUAAAAUUUGGAGAGAAGGAUUCUCUUCAUGGUGCAUGGACGGAAAGCCAAUGCGCAGGUGUACCAGCACUCGACCAGGAGAGACUGGAAUGGAUGUAACAAGCCGCUGUACCCUUGGAGACCCCAACAAGCUUCCAGAAGGGGUUCCCCAGCCUGCUCGCAUGCCCUACAUCUCCGACAAGCAUCCCCGGCAAACCCUAGAAGUAAUCAACCUUUUGCGGAAGCACCGGGAACUGUGUGAUGUGGUACUAGUUGUGGGGGCUAAGAAGAUUUAUGCACAUCGAGUCAUUUUGUCAGCCUGUAGUCCCUAUUUUCGAGCCAUGUUUACAGGAGAAUUAGCAGAAAGCCGUCAAACUGAGGUAGUGAUCAGAGACAUUGAUGAAAGGGCCAUGGAGCUGCUGAUUGACUUUGCGUACACCUCCCAGAUCACAGUGGAAGAGGGCAACGUUCAGACCCUUCUACCAGCUGCUUGCCUCCUUCAGCUGGCAGAAAUCCAGGAAGCCUGCUGUGAAUUCUUAAAGAGACAGCUAGACCCAUCCAAUUGCCUAGGCAUUAGAGCUUUUGCAGACACUCAUUCAUGUCGUGAGCUUUUGAGGAUUGCAGACAAGUUCACCCAACAUAACUUUCAAGAGGUAAUGGAAAGUGAGGAGUUUAUGCUGCUUCCAGCCAAUCAACUCAUUGAUAUUAUAUCCAGUGAUGAACUAAAUGUUCGAAGUGAAGAACAGGUAUUCAAUGCUGUGAUGGCCUGGGUUAAAUACAGUAUUCAAGAGAGACGGCCCCAACUUCCACAGGUGCUGCAGCAUGUUCGUCUGCCUUUGCUUAGUCCCAAGUUCCUGGUGGGUACAGUAGGCUCUGACCCCCUCAUCAAAAGUGAUGAAGAAUGCAGAGACCUGGUGGAUGAAGCUAAAAAUUACCUUUUACUGCCACAAGAACGACCACUGAUGCAAGGACCAAGGACACGUCCACGAAAGCCUAUUCGAUGUGGAGAGGUACUAUUUGCAGUGGGUGGCUGGUGUAGUGGGGACGCCAUUUCUAGUGUGGAACGAUAUGACCCACAGACCAACGAGUGGAGGAUGGUAGCAUCCAUGAGCAAACGACGCUGUGGGGUUGGAGUCAGUGUUCUUGAUGACCUUUUGUAUGCAGUGGGAGGCCACGAUGGAUCUUCUUAUCUCAACAGUGUUGAAAGGUAUGACCCCAAAACAAAUCAGUGGAGCAGUGAUGUGGCCCCUACCAGCACCUGCAGGACUAGUGUUGGAGUAGCAGUUCUUGGAGGUUAUCUGUAUGCUGUGGGUGGACAAGAUGGCGUCUCUUGUCUCAAUAUUGUUGAGAGAUAUGACCCAAAGGAGAAUAAGUGGACUCGAGUAGCUUCCAUGAGUACCAGGAGGCUCGGAGUGGCAGUGGCUGUGUUAGGAGGGUUUUUAUAUGCUGUGGGAGGCUCUGACGGGACAUCUCCUCUCAAUACAGUGGAGCGCUACAACCCUCAGGAAAACCGCUGGCACACAAUAGCCCCUAUGGGGACCCGUCGGAAACACCUCGGCUGUGCAGUGUAUCAGGACAUGAUCUAUGCAGUAGGAGGCAGAGAUGACACCACCGAGCUCAGCAGUGCUGAGAGAUACAACCCUAGAACCAACCAGUGGUCUCCGGUGGUGGCCAUGACAUCCCGCCGAAGUGGAGUUGGCCUUGCAGUAGUGAAUGGACAGCUCAUGGCAGUAGGAGGUUUUGAUGGUACAACGUAUUUGAAGACAAUUGAAGUUUUUGAUCCUGAUGCUAACACAUGGAGGUUAUAUGGUGGAAUGAAUUAUCGUCGGCUAGGGGGUGGUGUAGGUGUGAUUAAAAUGACACAUUGUGAGUCUCACAUAUGGUAAGCGUCUGUGAGGAAGCCCUGUGGUUCUCAUUCACAUAUAUGCCUGUGUGUCUAGUAGAAAGACUCAUUGACUUUGGAGCUGUAUGAGGUUCUUGAAAACAGAUCAAAUUUUAUUCUUUGCCGGUGCCUCAAUGUGGAAAUAUAAAUCCAGUGACAUUUCUGAAAGAGCAGCUAUUGGAAACUACAUUGGCUGGACUCUUCCCAACACGUUGAAGCUUCGCUUAUGUUUUAAUUUUUUAAAUACCUUAUAUGCUUUUUGAGCAAAAACCUUCAGAGCACUCCAGCAUAAGCAAGACCCCAGAACCAAAAGGUGCGUUGGGAGUCUGGCAAAGGGAACAAGUUGCUUCUUCCAAGAUGAAAUGAAAUGGUUUUCCACAUAGUGGAAACUGUAGUGUGGAGUGGGCAAAAGUGGAAAAUGAUACUGAAUACAUUGCUUUUGCCUUAUUUACAGAAAGCUUCAGAAAAAAAGUACUUGACCUACAUGAUGCCACCUUUGCACAAAAGUUUUUGACAGUGUGCAGAAGAAUAUUUAUUUUUUGUUUUCCUUUGUUAUAGUUUUCUUUGUACUUAUCACCAAAAAAGGAAGAAAAAAGAUAAACAACAAAACCCAUAAUUGUUAUUUUAAAGUGAUUGACUUUGAAAAUGCUCAUUUGGUGGGCGUAAGACUACAUAUAACCUAUUUUUUCCUGAGUAUUCCAAUUCUAAAACUAUAUAUGAUGGAUUAGCUCCUAAAAAUCACAAUUGCAAAAACUAGUUAUCCAAAAUACGUUAAGUAGUCAGCCUUCUUACUUAUAUGAAGUUCAACAUGACUUGAAAGUCUUUAAAAAAAAAACCAACCAACUCUUGUUUUUAAACAUUAAAAGUCAAAAAGGAAUGUUAAGUCAAUAAAAGAAGUCUAGACUCUCAAAUGCUGCAGUUUUCUUCAGUGACAACUUGAUUCUUGUUUUCCUAUGUGAACUUGUUCAUUGACUGCUUUUAUUACAGUCUUUUUAAAACAAUAUUCCUCCUAGGUUUUUCUGCUAGAACUAGAGCUCUGCUCAGUGCCUCUAAAAAGCCAGUUAGGGGACCCUCCUGUAUUGCCUGGAGAACCCUGCAGAAUCAUCUGCAACUCUGCAAGAGUUCUUGCUCAAAAGCAUUGCAGACUGAAGCAACUUUGCUUUCUAUUUCCUUAUCAGUACACGGACCAGCAGGGAGAGUUGGCGUCUCCCGCUCAGUGAACACUGUUAUGCAAGUCCUUACACUUAGUGCGCAGGACUGGAGAGGCUGAGGCCUGCCUGCGACGAGAUGGGAUUCUGCAGUUUGUGUAACGGAGUACAUGUUAGUGAGCAAAAACCAAUUGAGGCGUCUGACUAACAGUAUUGUGUUUGUUGUGUAAUGCUACACACUGUUAUCUUCAUCCAUGCUGGUGAAGAGCUAAGCAUGUAAGGUUAGUGAAAAGGAAAAGCAAUGAUGAAAAACCCUCAUUUCUUCUGGGUUUUUUCCUUGUUUCCUUAUUCAUGUGCUUGAUAUGAAAGUCUUGGAAUAAGACUUCCAUGAUGACAACAAAAAUGAAUGACCAUCCCUUUUUUUCCCCAACAAAAAUGGUUGGCAACUCUUGUGUUUACAUUCGAAAGUCAUUUGCACCUUUACAAGAAAAAAGAAGUAUUUGGUAAACAGUUGUUUACAUGUAUCAUUUAUGCUUUUUCUAGCAUGAGUAACUUGUUAAAAAAAAUAGUGUUUACCUUAAUAAAUUUCUUUAAUGCUG